AUGACGACGUUCACGGUGACCUACAAAGGCCAGUUGCACCGUCUGUCUUUCUCCGAUGCAUCUGUACCGACAAUUGCUGACCUACUAGCAGAAAUUGAACGGGCAACAGGCGUGUCACCCGAUGCACAGCGACUGUUUCAGGAGGGACGACGCGUCGAUUGCAGUGAGGGGUCAAUCUUACUGGUGGAAAUGAGCAAUUGUCGACACGACGGAGCGCCGCUGCUAUUGGUCAAAGGUGCUUCUUUGUCUCAGAUUAGUGACAUGGAGGCUGCUCAAGACGCUGAGCAGAAAAAGGCAAUUAUUCGCAAAAAACGACCUGAAGUGAAUAUAUUGAAACGGAACAAAUGGCUACAAGCACGAGAAUCUGCAGCAGGACCGCGCUAUCGUUUUCACGCGAUUGAGCCGCUGCCCAAUUUUGCCGAUAAAGACAAAGCGAGGGAGAUUUUAGAGACCUUGGCGAACGAUCGAGGCAUUUUGGCUGUCAUGGCAGCACAUAAAUGGAAUGUGGGUGCGUUGGCUGAGAUGCCGGCAAGCGGAAAGGUUGGAGUGGACCCGGUGUGCGUGCUGGGAUUGAAUCAAAACAAAGGCCAGAAGAUCUUGCUGCGAUUGCGCACAGAUGAUUUGCUUGGGUUUCGAAAGCUUUUGAGCAUUAAGAAAGUACUGUUUCACGAGCUCGCGCAUAUUGUACACUCGGAGCACGACGGCAACUUUUACCAGCUAAUGCGGCAAGUUGAAAAAGAGUGUAACGAGUUGGACUGGACGAGUUCAGGUGGUGCCGUCACAGGCGGGUCUCGAAUGAUUUCUCGUGACACAGAAGGCUCCGGCGAAAGCGUUGCUAACGGAUUCCGCUUAGGUGGUGGUGUUGCGGCAGCCAGUCGGCUGUUGAACAGCGCGACGAGUGUCCCGGAACCAUUGGGGUCCAUUUUUGGUUCCGAACGUGUUCUACCAGAGCAAAGAAAGUUGACUGUCGAGACGGAGCCAGCAACUGCUGUGGCGUCUGGCAAUGACGGUACAAAAAAAGCUGAACUUGUAACACCAGAUGCUAGUUUGUCGCAGCAAACCUACGCAACAUCAGAGCAUCCUGCAGGACAUGACAAGACUGUCGAUGAAGAAGUUGCAAUGCUGGCUAUGAGCGAUCGUGAAAGACGCAUUCACGAUUCAACGCAACGUCUCAAGCGCCACUUCAAAGCUGUAGGCAAUCCGAGCGCGAUUUCGCUGCUUUAUAAAAUCGUGUCCAACAUCAUUGCACAUCCAGCGGAUGUCAGGUUUCGGUCCAUCCGAAAGGCGAAUCGGCUGUUUGACGGGCAAGUCGCAAAGUUUCCCGAGUGUCUCGAGUUCUUAUUGGCUUUGGGAUUUGAAGACCAAGUAGACAAGCUUGUGCUUGUUCGUGAAGACCCUGCACUGCUUUGGAUCGGUCGUUCUUCGUUAGAGGGAUUGCUGUCGAGAGAAUGA